CGUACACCCCGCUUUUUCAUUGUUUCCCACUACUCACACUCUCUCUCUCUCUCUCUCUCUCCUCUACACUCUUACCACUCCUCUCAUUAGAAAUUCAUAAAAACUACACUCCACUGCUACUUGAACACAAGAAAACAAACAAACAAACAAGCAAUAAUGGAAGAAAGACUAGAAAGCGAGCUAAUCUCAAUCCCAGCUACACCACGAGCAACCUCAACACCGGAGAUACUAACACCCACCGGACAACGGUCUCCACGGCCAGCUAUAACGGGUAUUGGGGCGGCGAAGGAGUCAAAGUCCGCAGCGUGGACACCAACGUCGUUUAUUUCUCCAAGAUUCUUAAGCCCCAUUGGAACUCCUAUGAAAAGAGUUUUGAUUAAUAUGAAAAGUUAUUUAGAAGAUGUUGGUCAUUUAACUAAGCUUAACCCACAAGAUGCUUGGCUUCCUAUUACUGAGUCUAGAAAUGGUAAUGCUCAUUACGCUGCGUUUCAUAAUCUUAAUGCUGGUGUUGGCUUUCAAGCUCUUGUUCUUCCUGUUGCCUUCUCUUUUCUUGGAUGGGGUUGGGGUAUAUUUUCAUUGACCAUAGCCUACUUUUGGCAACUUUACACACUUUGGAUAUUAGUUCAGCUACACGAAGCUGUGCCUGGGAAAAGAUACAACAGAUACGUUGAACUGGCGGAAGCUGCAUUUGGUAAAAAGUUAGGUGUAUGGCUUGCAUUGUUUCCAACAGUAUAUUUAUCUGCUGGAACUGCAACUGCUCUAAUACUUGUUGGAGGAGAGACUAUGAAACUAUUUUUCCAGAUAGUUUGUGGACCACUUUGCUCGUCAAAUCCUCUUACCACUGUUGAAUGGUACCUGGUUUUCACUUCAUUGUGCAUUGUUCUAUCUCAACUUCCAAAUCUUAAUUCCAUAGCAGGACUAUCUCUUGUUGGAGCAGUGACUGCUAUUAUUUACUCUACCAUGGUUUGGGUGCUUUCUGUGAGUCAACCGAGACCACAACAAAUAUCUUAUGAGCCCAUUGCACUUCCAUCUGCAACAGCUACUAUGUUCUCAGUUCUAAAUGCUCUUGGAAUCAUAGCCUUCGCAUUCAGGGGACACAAUUUAGUCUUGGAGAUCCAGGCUACAAUGCCAUCAACUUUUAAGCAUCCGGCUCAUGUACCAAUGUGGAAGGGAGCUAAAGUUGCAUACUUUUUCAUCGCCAUGUGCCUGUUUCCCAUUGCAAUUGGAGGAUAUUGGGCUUACGGGAGCCUUAUGCCUUCAGGGGGGAUGCUGGGUGCUAUAUAUGCAUUCCAUAGUCAUGAAAUUGCGAGAGGACUACUUGCAAUGACUUUCCUUUUGGUGGUAUUCAGCUGCUUGAGCAGUUUCCAGAUAUACUCAAUGCCAGUAUUUGACAGCUUCGAAGCCAGUUAUACGAGCAGGACUAACAGGCCAUGUUCAGUAUGGAUUAGGUCAAGUUUUAGAGUUUUUUAUGGCUUUGUCAAUCUCCUAAUAGGUGUUGCAUUCCCCUUCCUCUCAAGCCUUGCUGGUCUGUUAGGAGGUCUCACUCUCCCUGUCACAUUUGCUUACCCUUGCUUCAUGUGGGUACUCCUUAAGCAACCCCCAAAAGGCACUUUCAGUUGGUAUUUUAACUGGAUUCUAGGAUGGAUAGGGAUUGCUUUCAGCCUUGCGUUUUCCAUUGGUGGAAUUUGGAGUAUUGUUAAUAGUGGUCUCAAGUUGAAAUUCUUUAAGCCAAGUUAAAUGCUUUAAUAACUUGCAACUUACAAAUGUUAUCUUUUAAUAUCCCCGCUUUACAACCAAGACACAGAUUAUGCGUUUUGUUUCUUCAUAUAUUGUGUCAAAUGUAAAUUCCGAGGAUGCUUUUUAUAUUUUAUUAUUAUGCUUUUCAAUACUAUUGGUUUUCUCACCUUGUGUAA